GCUUUAAGAACCCAUUAAGUCCCCUCUUGAGGAUUCCUGGACCCCUCUUUGGAAACCAGUGUAUUACAAACUCGUGUAGAAUAAAGUUUUUUUUUUUUUUCUUGGCAUGACCAAGUUGAAAUAACGGAAAAGAAAGGCACAUGCGCAUUGGUUCGAGCUCCAUCGGAGGCGCCAUUGCUUCACAGCGACUGUAGUUCAAGUUUUCCUCCCCACACAUGGAAAGUCAGUUAUGCGGAGAUAAUAAAAAGACUCCAAACCCCAGCGACGGUCGCUGGCUCUUUUUUUCUUUUCUUCCCCCCUUCUCCUCGUCAAGCGGGGGGAGUAGUCACAGCUGGAAGGAUAAUAAGAUGCGCAUGAAUUUACAAUCUGGAAUAAAAGAUAAGAGAAAAUAAAUGGACGGCUCGGUUUGUCUCAGCGCGCCUGUGCGUAAAACUUCUGUCGGUAUUUGUUGUGUGUAGUCUCCGACCGCUGCGCUGCGCUUUGCUGUGCGACUUCCACAAAAAAAAAAAGAAGUGCAGAUAUAUAAACUUGAGAGUCCGCUUCCCUCAGUUGAUGGAGUUAAAAAGUUUCUUCAGUCCACUCACAAUGGAAAGAAAAGCGCCCUUCGCUGACUGUGAAGGCUUCCUGUGGUCAGAGUGGAUUACUGACCUCAGUAAGGAGAAGGAGCACCACUCCAGAAUAUGAAGUUUGUUGCAGUGAUUUUGCUGCAGAAGUCUGCGGAUCGUUCAAAAACUUUUACUCCAUCACCUGCCCAUCUCGUGAGCGGCGGAUCAGCUAUAACUCUCUUAAUUUAUGAAAAACAAUGUCACUUUGAUAAGAAACACACAGUGCUGACUCACCGCGACUGAUGAGGAUCAAAGAUUCCCCCUCCCAAGAAUCUAUCCACAGAGAUCCAACUGUGCUUUUUUCUACCAGCCUUCACUGAAAACCCUCCACUAUUCAGCGUUUCACGUCGCCAUUGGAAAAAACCCAAUGUCUGCCUCCUCUCCCCCAUCCUUACCUCGAGCCUUCCUCCACUCUCUCCAUCCGCACCACCCAUCCUCGCCGUCGCCCGGAGUGAUCUACACCCGGCUGUCCAACGGCAGCCACAGCGUCCCCAGCCCCACCAACUCCCGCAGCUCCUUCCAUGGGGUCUCCUUCCUUCUGCAGAUAGGAUUGACCAGAGAGACAGUGAACCUGGAAGCCAAUGACCUGUCGCUGUCCUCUGUCAAGGACCUGGUGUGCUCUAUAGUGGACCAGAAGUUCCCAGAGUGCGGCUUCUUUGGCAUGUACGACAAGAUCCUGCUGUUCCGCCACGACUUGAACGACGAGAACAUCCUGCAGAGGCUGACCUCGGCAGAAGACAUCCACGAAGGAGACCUCAUUGAGGUGGUGCUCUCUGCUCAAGCCACAGUUGAAGACUUCCAGAUCCGACCCCAUGCCCUUUAUGUCCACUCCUACAAGGCCCCCACCUUCUGUGACUAUUGUGGGGAGAUGCUAUGGGGUCUCGUUCGGCAGGGGCUCAAAUGUGAAGGAUGUGGGCUAAACUACCACAAGCGCUGCGCCUUUAAAAUCCCAAAUAACUGUACUGGUGUCAGGAAGAGGAGAUUAUCCAAUGUCUCACUGCCCGGACCCUCCCUUUCUGUCCCUCGACCAGCACCUGCUGAAAAUGCUGUGGUCGUCCUUGAUGAGAGGUCCCAUCAGGAGGCGGGGAAGCGGAUCCUGUCCUGGAGCGGCAGGCCUAUCUGGAUGGAAAAGAUGGUGCUGGGACGGGUUAAGGUGCCACACACCUUUGCCAUCCACACUUACACUCGUCCCACUAUCUGCCAGUACUGCAAGCGUCUGCUCAAGGGUCUCUUCCGCCAGGGUAUGCAGUGUAAAGAUUGCAGAUUCAACUGCCAUAAGCGAUGUGCUUCAAAGGUACCUAGAGACUGUUUGGGGGAGGUGGACUUUAAUGGAGAGCCAGCCAGCCCUGGCCCAGACUCUGACACUACCAUGGAUACUAUGGAGGUGGACAGUAGUGACAUGGAAGGGGGCAGAGGACUGGAUGACCCAGAGGAACCCUCCACCCCGGAUGAGAGGAUGUUCGACAUGGAUUCUCCCUUCUUGGACAGAGAGAAGGACGAAGAGCCCAUCAAGACUAUUAGCCCUUCCACUAGCAGCAACAUCCCUCUGAUGCGGGUGGUCCAGUCCAUUAAACACACCAAGAGGCGGAGCUCCACUGUGGUGAAGGAGGGCUGGAUGGUUCAUUAUACGAGCAGGGACAACCUGCGGAAGAGACAUUACUGGAGGCUGGACAGCAAGAGCCUGAGUCUCUUCCAGAACGACACCGGAGCCAAGUUCUACAAAGAAAUCCCUCUGUCCGAGAUCCUCCAGGUGGAGCAGUCCAGAGACUACAGUAACCUGGCUCAGGGCAGCAACCCACACUGCUUUGAGAUCAUCACAGCCACUAUGGUUUACUAUGUAGGGGAGAACAACUGCAGUCACUACCACAGCCCUGCUCUGGCUGCCUCAGGAGUCGGCAUGGAGGUGGCUCAGGGCUGGGAGAAGGCCAUCAGACAGGCCCUGAUGCCCGUCACCCCUCAGCCCAGCGUUGCCAGUGCUGUUGGCCAAGGCAAAGACCAUAAAGAGCUGUCCAUCAGCAUAUCUGUGUCCAACUGCCAGAUCCAGGAGAAUGUGGAUAUUGCUUCGGUGUACCAAAUAUUCUCUGAUGAGGUGUUGGGAUCAGGCCAGUUUGGCAUCGUGUAUGGAGGCAAACACAGAAAGAGCGGCAGAGAUGUGGCUAUCAAGGUUAUUGACAAGAUGAGAUUUCCUACCAAGCAGGAGAGCCAGCUGAGGAAUGAGGUGGCCAUAUUACAGAAUCUGCAUCACCCAGGCAUCGUCAACUUGGAGUGUAUGUUUGAGACGCCAGAGCGGGUGUUUGUCGUCAUGGAGAAGCUGCAUGGCGACAUGCUUGAGAUGAUCCUGUCCAGCGAGAAGAGCAAACUGCCCGAACGGAUCACUAAGUUUCUCGUCACACAGAUCCUGGUGGCCUUGAGACAUCUGCACUUCAAAAACAUUGUUCACUGUGACUUGAAGCCCGAGAAUGUACUACUGGCCUCCGCAGAGCCCUUUCCUCAGGUAAAGCUGUGUGACUUUGGCUUUGCCCGCAUCAUUGGCGAGAAGUCGUUCCGGCGGUCUGUAGUGGGCACUCCGGCUUAUCUAGCUCCAGAGGUGCUGCGCAGUAAAGGCUACAACCGCUCCUUAGACAUGUGGUCAGUGGGAGUCAUCGUGUACGUCAGCUUGAGCGGGACUUUUCCUUUUAAUGAGGAUGAGGACAUUAACGACCAGAUCCAGAAUGCUGCCUUCAUGUACCCCCCUACACCCUGGAAGGAGAUCUCUGCAGAAGCCACAGAUCUGAUCAACAAUCUUCUCCAAGUCAAGAUGAGAAAGAGGUACAGCGUGGACAAGUGUCUCAGCCAUCCCUGGUUACAGGACUAUCAGACAUGGCUGGAUCUCAGGGAGUUUGAGACGCGGCGAGGUGAGCGCUACAUCACCCACGAGAGCGACGACGCACGCUGGGAGGAGUACGCAGACGAGCACAGUCUCGUUUACCCCAAACACUUCAUCAUGGCUCCCAACCUGGACGACAUGGAAGAGGACCCCUAGUGGCACAGGGGACUUGCAACACCACAUGUAUUAAAGACAAAGAUUGUCACUGGGACUUUUUUCAUGAAGCUUUGGGAGCGGCAGAUUUUCCCUCCAGAACUGUUUGUUGUGGAAACAGAGAGAAGCCGAUCAGGAGGAGAGUUACUCUCCGGAGGCUUUUAAAAGUGGGGGAAACCCGACAGAAUUUGUAGCACAAUGCACUGCUACAAGCAGCAUGCAGGUGGAGAUGCGUGCCACAGAAACGCAUUAAGAAACUGUCAGGAGAGAAGAGCGUUCAUCUUCUUUUUGCACAAUUUCAAAACAUUCCAUGGAUUCGCUCAAGUUUGGUUCAUUUUUAUGAACAAUCACAAACCAAAAACACACAAGAUGACCUUGAUAGUUUAGAUAUUGUACACACAAUUUUGGAUAACUUUGAGUAAUAAUAUGACUCUGAUCUUUAUGUAAGAGAAGAGAUCAGAAAGAGAGAGCUUACCCCAGGAGUAAAGGGCACUUUUCACGAGGGAUUACAGUCUGAGAAUUUAAAACACGAGUUUUGUUCUCAUUUCCGAACUGUUUGUGAGACUGUCCUUUGGCAUGAAACUGGAACUAUCGCAUAUAUUUGUAUGUUUUUUUUAAUGUAUUUCGUAAUUGUGGUAGAUUUUUGCACUAUAUUACCAUUGAACAUAGCAAUUGAAUAGAAACACUAUUCGCUGCUACGGAGAGCAAAUAUUGUAGAUGCAAAGUUUUAACCAGUGAUCGUCAGCAGAAACUUGAUACAUCUCACACAGUAUUGGCUGCUUUGUCACAAUUUAAACCUCAACAGGUAUUUUCAACCAGCAUGUCGCCACCUGAGUAUCAACUGUUAGAGGCAGCUAAUGGUGUGUAAGUUUUAUCAACUUUACCCUGGGAAAAAGUGACCAACAGAUCCUGACCAAAUACACUGACAAAAGAUAUUUCCAAACAUUUUUAAAUUAAUGUUGUGAAUUUGUUCAGUGCCAUGACCCAAAAACUGUCAGUGAAUGCAAUAACGGAGCCAUUUUUUCCUGUUCAACAUGAGGCUAAAACAGCACGGACUCUAUGUUAGACUCUAUGUCUAGAGCGUCAUGUUUCUGUGUAUCUUUUUCUUGAAUGUGACUUCUAGAUUCUGGAAUAUGUGUUUUUGAUGUGUUGCAUCAAUCUAGGUUUUACAUAGAACAAAAAUAUUGGUGUCACUUUCAUUGUUUAUUAUGUUGUCUGGACCAUUUCAACAGUCAUUUUGUCUAGACAGUGGACAUAGUAGAAACUAGAUAUAAUUACAAUUUGGUUCACAUGGGAGUUUAUAGCACUAUGGUUUUGUAGUUUGCUGCAUUGGUGUGUUUUGGGAGUACCUUCCUGUUUCCUGUUGUCUUCUUCCUGUCUUUGUUGCCGCUGGAUUGGCAGGUGUCAGUGUUUUGUAUAUUUCAGUACAUACCGAUGGAAUAAAAACCCAACUUCUUAACUGAGAAUGAAAAAAAAAAAA